GUUCCUCUUGAGGGCAGCAUUUCUGCUGGCUCCAGGACUUUGCCGCUAUAAAGCUCAGCAAUGGAAAGUAAGAGGAGUCUUAAUGAGGACGAGAUCUUGGGGUGCACCAAAGAAGAAGCAGCUCUCAACCAAACCAUGUUCCCUGCAAUGGAGACCUUCCAGACCAGUGAUCCAAAACCCAAGAAGAGAAAUUGGGUGACCUGCUUACUGUCUCUGAUGGCCAUCUACUUGAGUCUGCUCACCGCGGGAGGAGGGCUACUGGUGAUGCAAGUUCUGAACCUGCAGGAGCGGCUCUGGGUCCUGGAGAUGGACUUCCUCAAUGACACACUGGCCGCCAAGGACAGCCCAUCCUUCCUGCACCAUUUGGCUCACCACUGGCACCCGUCUGGGGGCACACGGAACAGGGGGAGACUGCAAGCCCUGCAGGAGGAGCUCAUGCAGGUCCAUGCUAGCCAGCAGCACCUACAGUGGCAGGUGGACAACUUCACUCAGAGCGCAGAGCUGUUCGGGGCCAAAGGUGAACGAGGCAUUCCAGGUCUUCCAGGUCAAAAGGGAGACCCGGGGGUACCUGGCACCCCUGGACUGCCGGGGCCACCAGCUGAGAAGGGAGCCAAGGGGGCCACAGGACGUGACGGAGCCACAGGUCCCCCAGGACUCCAAGGCCCACCAGGAAUCAAGGGAGAGGCAGGCCUCCAAGGGCCCAUGGGCGAGCCAGGGAAGCCAGGAGCCACGGGCACCCCAGGACCUCAAGGAGAGAAGGGCAGCAAAGGUGAUACGGGUCUCAUUGGCCCAAAAGGAGAAAGUGGAGCUAAAGGAGACAGAGGAGAGAGAGGCCUCCCAGGCGGCAAAGGGGACAUGGGUGUGAAAGGAGAUAUGGGGAUCAUGGGACCCCCUGGAGCCCCGGGGAGUAAAGGUGUUUCUGGGAUUCCAGGUGCACCAGGUGCAGCUGGAUUUCCUGGAAUCAAAGGAAAUCAAGGACAUCCAGGAGUACAGGGUCUACCAGGCCCUCCAGGCGUGGUGGGAUCUCCAGGUCCCAAGGGUGAUCCUGGCAGAGCUGGCUCCCCUGGGCUGACAGGACUACCAGGGGCACCAGGAAGCCCAGGAGCUGCAGGUCUGAAAGGAAGCAAGGGAGACACAGGACUUCAAGGACAGAAAGGAACAAAAGGAGAAUCAGGAGUUCCAGGCUUUACAGGCAUGAAGGGAGAAAAAGGAAGCCCAGGGCUGGCAGGACCCAAGGGUGCACCUGGGCUGGUUGGCCAGAAGGGAGAACCAGGAGUGAAAGGAUCUUCUGGGCAGCAAGGGACAAAGGGAGAAAAGGGUCAAAAAGGUGAGUCCCUACUAACCGUCAGGAUCAUCGGCAGCCGUUCUCAAGGCCGGGCUGAAGUCUACUAUGACGGCAUCUGGGGGACCAUCUGUGACGAUGGCUGGGACAAUUCCGAUGCCACAGUCUUCUGCCGCAUGCUGGGUUACUCUUCAGGGCUGGCUACUACCAACGUGCCAGCUGGCACCGGACAGAUCUGGCUGGAUGAUGUCUCCUGUACAGGCUCAGAGACCAGCCUGUGGCAAUGCAACAAGAGCUCCUGGGGCACGCACAACUGUGGCCACAGUGAGGACGCAGGCGUGGAGUGCCGCUGACCCCCUGCGGCCCUUCACCGCUCUGCCCCAGGUGUUCGCGGCACAGGUGUGUCUGACCUGCGUGGGGGCAGACGCUCUGAGGGAGCGGCAGCGUAGGUUCUGGGCGAGGACCUCAAUAAAGCUCACAGUGUUA